AUGAUUUCUCACCGCGGAAUCGUCAAAUUCGACACCAUCAAUAGUCAGUUUCUCUGGCUUAGUUCCACUUCGAAAAGAGCUUGUCAGUCGAUUUCGAGCACGGACGAAAAAGAAGAAGAAGAAGAAGAAGAAGAAGAAGAAGAAGAAGAAGAAGAAGAAGAAGAAGAAGAAGAAGAAGAAGAAGAAGAAGAAGAAGAAGAAGAAGAAGAAGAAGAAGAAGAAGAAGAAGAAGAAGAAGAAGAAGAAGAAGAAGAAGAAGAAGAAGAAGAAGAAGAAGAAGAAGAAGAAGAAGAAGAAGAAGAAGAAGAAGAAGAAGAAGAACAGAAGAUGCGGAUCAGAUGGAUGUGGAUAACGAAAUGA